AUGGAAGAAUCGCCGGCGGAGGAUAAAAGAUUCGGUUUUAUUGAGGACUACGUGUUGAAGACUUUGAAACUGAAAAAGGAAAGAUGGCAGAAAUGCAUGUCUACGGAGGACAGCAAGCAAGUUAUUCAGGAGUUUUUAGACAAAACCGACCACAUCACGUUGGUCAUCUCCCUAAAUGCUGCAGGGCUGUUGCUGCCCACUGUGGUAGUCCCGUUGCUUUCGAACGGGAAGAAUCACGGUGACUGGCCGCAGGUGGUGUCCCAGGACGUUAAGCGCCACGUCCACUCCCUGAAGACCAACGUGUUUGUGGUGUCCGGUCAGGUGAAGGAGUCGGUGGUGAUCGAGUGGAGCCACCAGAUCAGCGCGGUCCUGAAGAAGGACUCCUCCGAGGCUCUGCUGGAGGGCCGGAGCCCCACGCCCCACACUGAGCUGCUCUUCUGGAGGGACAGGUAUGCAGACCUUGAGUGCAUCCAUUCCCAGUUCCGGUCAUCCAAGGUGACUAAGAUGGCAGCGUUGCUGGAGGCCAUGGAGAGCAGCUACUGUCCAGCUUUUAACAACAUGCUGCAAGACGUCCUGGCGGCGCUGGAGGAAGCGCAGGACAUCUGCACCUACCUCAGGCCGCUGCAGCGCCACUUUGACGACUUGGAGAACGUGGAGUUCCCCGAGGUCAAAGGUCACAUUGCGCCCCUGAUGCAUGCCGUGUGCCUGGUGUGGGCUAACUCCCGCUACUACAACACCCCGGCCCGCCUCAUCGUAUUGCUGCAGGAGACCUGUUACCUUCUCAUCCAGCAGGCCCGGGCCUACCUGAGCCCAGAGGAGCUUCUGAAAGGUGAGGUGUCAGAGAGUCUGCUGAAGGUCCAGACCACCCUGGAGGUCCUGCAGCUCUUCAGACACACCUAUGAGGAGCAGCGGGCCGGGCUGGACCGCUACCGGAGGGACGGGAGGGAGGUCCGGCCUUGGGACUUCUCUCCCCUCAUGGUGUUCGCUGGGCUCGACCGCUUCCUGGAACGGGUCCGGACCAUCGAGGAGGUCCUCCUGACGGCGGUGGACCUGCUGAAGCUGGAGAAGGUGGAGUUCGGGGGGGUCAGAGGUCGCUCCCUCAGCCAGCAGGUCCAGUGGCUCCACCAGGACUUCCUGGACACCUACAAGGUGUUCACGGAGAAGCCCUACGACUGCCUGGACGUAACCAACAAGGAGUUGGAGGCGGACGUGAGGGCGUUCAGGCUGAAGGUGGAGGACAGUGACCGGCGUCUGGGGUCCACGUUCUGUCAGGCCUUCGAUGAUGCUUCCGGACUGGAGAGCGCCUUUAAGGUCCUGGACAUGUUUGGGAGCCUGUUGGAGCGCCCUCUGGUGGCAGCAGACGCUCAGGACAGGUACCCUCUCCUGAUCAGCAUGUUUGACCAGGAGCUGGACUGCAGCAGGGCGCUCUUCAACAGACACACGCAGGCUGUGGAGGAGCAGGGCUUGACUCCUGUGAAUAAAAACAUGCCGGCGGUAGCGGGGGGGCUGAGGUGGGCCCGGCAGCUUCAGCAGCGCAUCCAGACGCCCUUCUCCAAGUUCAGACAUGUAUCUUACCCGUGUCUGGAGUGUGCAGACGGACGCAGGGCCAUCCAGAAGUACGAGGAGAUGAUCCAACUACUGGACAGGUACUCUCGGGGGCUGUAUGAGGCGUGGACCAACUCGGUGGCCGAGCAGUCUCAGUUCAACCUCAACCUGCCCCUGCUCAGCAGGGAGCCCUCCACACGCCUGCUGUCCGUCAACUUCAGCCCCCAGCUGGUGUCAGUGCUGAGGGAGGUGAGGUAUCUGGAGGCUCUACAGACUGAGGUCAUCCCUGACACUGCAGCGCUGCUCUACACCACCAGGGGGCAGCUGUGGCAGUACCUGGCCAACCUGGAGCUCACAGUAGGGAGCUACAACAAGGUGGUGCGCUCCGUGCUGGAGGUAGAGUACCCUCUGAUCCGGGGUCAGCUGGCUGAGAUCGACGCUCGUCUCCGAGAAGCAGAGGAGGACAUCAGCUGGAACAGCCAAGGGAUCUGGGCGUACAUCCAGGAGGUGCGGGACGCCGUGUGUGACCUGCAGCAGCGUCUCCAGAGGACCCAGCACCAGGUGGAGGAGAUCCAGGCCUGCAGCAGGAGCUGGUGCAGCCCCCUGCUGGAGCGCCGCGAGGGCCGCAGGGACGCCCUGCUGGCCCUGGAGGAGCGCGCCGACCGGCUGGAGCGCUGCCACGCCCACAUACGCUCCUCCGGGGACAAGAUGCACUUCCUGUUGAAGAGCAACCUGGAGCUGUUCAGAGCAGAUGCGUCAUCGGAGGACUGGAAGGUCUACGUGGAGUAUAUCGAUGACAUGGUCGUAGACGGCUUCUUCAACAGCGUUGAAUGCUCCCUCAAGUUCUUCCUGGAGAACACAGGUACCCCAGGUUAG